AUGAAAGAAAAGAUAUCACCAAGCAGAAAGGAUAAAGGCUAUCAAGAAGAACAUCUAAUCACUGUAGAAGCUACCAAUUUGUACUUAGUUAAAGAUAAAAAGUAGGUAAUAUCAAAGAGUUGCUCAGAAAAUAUGUAAUCAAUCAUAAACAAGAGUUAAACAUAGUCAAUGUAUUUUCACUAAAAAAAUGAAAAACAACUUCUUAUCGGGCUUUCUUAAAUCCAAAGAUAGAAAAUAGCUAACUUAUUAAAGAAAAGUGAUUCCAAAAUGACUUAGAUUCAGUUUUAAAAAAUAUUUAAAUCAUAAAAUUCUUCAAACCAAGAGAGAAUACUAGGAGGAGGAGCUUGCUGUAGCAGAUCAGAUGGAUAAAAUGAGCUACAAUUUUAAUUAAUUGAUGAAUAAGUCAAUUAGAAUAAUUAGAUAGACCAUAAAUUUAACAAAUUUUACUAAGAUAGAGUGAACAACGUAAAGUAUGUAAAUAAAAUAAUAGAAAAGUAAGAAUAUACUACAGAAAUAAGCGACAUUUUCGAUAAGUGUAUUAAUAGGACCAAAGAAAAUAUAGUAGUUAAUGUAAAUAUGUACAGAAUCUUUAUGAUAGAAUUUUUUAAUUUGUGUUUGUAAUACACCAUGGGUGGUAGCUUAGCUAUAGAUAGAGAUGAUCAAAAUCAAAUAAUAAGCAAAAUAGAUGUCUUCUUGAGCAAUCUUUAGUAAAACUCAAAGUUGUUUCCUUGCUCAGAUUUAGAGUUCAUUUAUUAGUUUUUGUACGACUUAAGUGAUUAGGAUAUAGAUAUAUCAGAAAAAAAUGCAUCUCAACUUGAACUUAUUUCUCAAUUUGUAAAAUUGAACAUAGAAAAUUAAGGAAAGUUUUAAAAGAAAGUGCUUGUUGAUAAAUCUAUGAAAAUAAAUGAUAAAGAUGGAUAAGAAAUAUCAUAAUUAUUAUAUGAUAUUGCAUUCAAAAGAUCAGAAUAGCUUGAGCAAAUAUGGUAGAUUGUUGAUAGAGCUCAAGAAAAAGUCAGGUCAUUUACUAAAGAUACUAUGAUUAAAUAUUUUGCAGCUAUUUUGGCAAAAAGGGCAAAGCAUUUAGAAAAUAUUGAAUUCGUUAAAGCUAUAGAUGAUCUUGUUUUUUAUAUCGAGGAGUUUAUAAAUUGUUCUGACAAUUAGACUUCAAGUCAUUUGGUGCUUUAUCUACUAAUUUAGAUCAACUAUAUCUUAGAAAAAAAUAUUCUUGAUUUCAAAUUUGUAGAAGAUUUGAACUAAUAAUUCAAUGUGAAUGAUAAGUUUUAAUAGUUCUACAAAAUGAUAAAGCAGUAAUCAGCAAAAAAAUAAUCCACUUCAGAGAGUUUCCUUCUAUUCUUCAAGUUUAGUGUAAAGGAUGUGACUUAUAGGUUUGUGUCAAAUUAAAUUUUACUUAAGUUAUAUGACGCUUUUUAAUCAGAUUCUUCUGAAGAAAAAAAUACUCUGUUUACUCAUCUUGUAUUUACUUAUGUGUCAGAAAAGAAUGACUCAAUCAAGUUAAUAUAUCAAUCUAAUAAUAAAUUUGUUAGUGUAUUGAAUGAAGAAGUAAAAAGUAAUCCAACCAACAUGGCAUAAAGUGUAAUCACCUAUUAAAAAUCCAGAUUAGAGGAAUUUGAGAAUAAUAAAAUCAGUAAGAAAGAACUGGAAUAAAUCGAAGACACUAUUAAAGAUUAAUCUGAUUUUUUCGAAAAGUUAUCUCUUAAAAUUAUUGAAAAGUGGGAAAUAGAGGCAAGACAAAGACUAGAAAAAGAUAUAGCAUAAAAAGAUGAUAUCUUACUAGAAGUUUAAGAUCUUUACAUUGAUUAAAAUAUUGCAUUUAUGAGCGGAAACAAUAUUUUUGCAGACAAUAUUCAGUAAAAUUAGAAUAUCAAGAUAAAUGCAAUUGAUUCAAUCAUUCAAUCAUUCCUUAUGCCACAUUAAUUAGAUCAGCCAUAGAAGUAAAAUAAUCAGGCAUAGACUAAUUGUAAGAUUUUAGGUAUUCUUGCAGAAGGUGGUGUUGGUAAAUCUAUGCUCUUCAAAAGGUUGGAGACUUUGGUUAUGAAAGAAAAGAACUCAAAUAAGUAGAAGGAUGGGAAAUAAAUUAAUUAUAUCACCUUUUUAAUCAAAUGUAAUAGCUUAAAUCCUGAGAAUCCAUCUUUGGAUGAGUAUUUGCUCAGUUAAAAAUUAGAAUAGCACUAAAUAGAUUAAAUUAAAAAGCUAUCUAAAAAUAAGCUUAUUUUGCUUGAUGGAUAUGAUGAGUUUUCUGGAGACUUUUUUAGAAUUUACUCAAAACUCAAACUUAACGAAUGGCAGAAUACUUUAGUUAUAGUUUCAUCUAGAAUGGAGAAGCUAUCAGAAAAUGAUGCUCGCCAUUAUUUCAGUUUGGAUGAUAAGCAUAACGUAAGAGAUGAAACAUCUUAUUGCAUAGCGAAGCUCAAAGAAUUUGAAAGGAAAGAUAUCGAUUAAUAUUGCAAGAAAUUUUAUACUAAGCAAAGCUCAAGUUCUUAAACAAGUCUUAGUGAAGAAUAAUUCAUCGGCAUGAUGGGCAAAUGUUUGAGCAACUAAUAGCUAGAGACUUUGCUAUUCCUACCAAUUAAUUUAUAUUUGUUCACAAGAUUAGUUGUUAACAAAGAAGAAAAAGAGUUAAAUGAUUUAAUAAAGAAUAUUUCUGACUAAAUAUAAAUUUAAGAAAUUUUCUUUAAUGAGCAAUUUAGCAGAGAGGCUAUUGAUUUCAUGACUUAAAUUCAGUAAAGCUUAUCAGAUAAAAAGCUUAAAACUGAAAUCGUUACAUCUUUCUUUGUAUAUUUUUAGACAAUAGCAAUGUAAAUGUUCCUUAAUAAAGGUAAAAGAGCUAAUUUCUUAUAGCUCAAUAAAGAGGAGGUCUCUUUCAAUCUACAAUAAAGUCUUAAGAGCUCACUUAAAAAUGAGAAUUAGCAAAAAUUAUUAAUUAAAAUAACUAAUUAUGUGAAUUCUAAAAUAGCAACAAAAGUAAAAAGCAAUGAAAAUCCAGAAGGCUAAAAAUUAUUUAAUAAUACUAUUGAAUUUAAGCACAAAUCGCUUUUUGAAUACUUUGCUGCUAGAGCGAUGAAGUACGAUUUUGAUGUACAUGGAGAUAAAGUGCAUAGUCUUAGUAUUGAAGAGCUUGCUAAAUUUGCAAUCAAUCAAAAGAUUAUUAUGACUCCUGAAGAAAAUUAGUCAGAGCAAUAAAUUCUUUUGAAGCUUUACAAAUUAAUCAAGCAAGAUAUUGAGUCACAAUAGUUUAUUGCAACAUAUAGUAGCUAAUAAAUCAGUUAAACAAGUAGAUAUAUACAAUAUUUGAGAAAAUCAACUAUAACCAACCAAAAAGAGAAAAGUAAAAUAGAUAUCGGUGCCUCUAAUAUGCUUUCAGUCUUAUUGAAUGGAAAAUUCGCUUAUGAAGAGCUCAGUUUUUCAAAAUGCUCUUUCUCGAAGGCUUACAUUCCUGGGCAUAAAAGCUUGAAAAUGAAUUUUGAUUAUUGUAAUUUGGAUGAGGCUUACUUAGAUAAUCAGAACCUCGGUAGCUUUGAGUCUUCCUAUACUAAUAAUGCUAUGCUUAAAUCCUUCAAAAAAUUGUUUGACCUGAGUGAUGUAUACAUAUCCAAUGAUUUAAUGUACCAUGAAAAUGAAAUAAUUACUGUGAAUUAGAAUGGAUUUAUAAAUAGAUUUGAUUUUAAAAAUAAAAAAUUAGUUUAAUCUAAGAAAAUAUCUUGCUACUCACUUAAAAAAGUGUACUAAUAUCAAAAUUAAUUCUUUGUUUCUUGUGCUAAAACAAUAUUUGAAAUUGAUAAAACAACUUUUGAAAUUUUGAAUUCAUUUUAAUUUACUACCAAAAUUGUUGAUAUCCAAUUCAAAAAAGGUAUUUUCCUUGUUUAAUUGGAUAAUAAAACUACAUAAUAUGGAAAUCUAUAAAAUGGAUUUAAAGAGAUCAAAGUUGAUGGUGACAACCUUUUAUUAACUUCAUUGUCAGUUAUUGCUUUGAAAAACGAGCAAAUGAAUGUCUAUGAAACUAAAAAUUUCAAACUGAUCUAACAAACAAAGUGUGAAAAGUACAAAUGCUCUUCAGCAAACGAAGAUGGUAAUUUAAUAGCUUUGAUUUUUGAAAAUAAAAUUCAGUUGUGGACAAAAUAAAAUGAUGAAUACAAGUUAUUUAAAGAGACUGAAACUCAAAAAAAAGCAGAAGAUGGAAAUAUGGCUGUAUUAUCUCCUAAUGGAAAAUAUUUAGCUAUUCUCAAAACUUCACAAACGUUAUAGUUGUAUAAAAUUGAUUAAGAAAUAAAAGAAGAUACUUUUUUAAUUUCAAUACAUAUGAAUUCAUUCACUUUCUCUAAUGACUCUAACUAUUUUGGAGCUUGCUCUUCAGACUUUACCUUUUAUAAUAUUAAUUUAAGCACAGAAAACAAGUAAGUUGAACAUUUUCAAGGUCAUGUAAAGAUGCUUAACAAUAUUUUGUACUCUCCAGAUGAUAAAUAUGUUAUUAGCGUUUCCAAAGACACUUCUUGUAUAGUUUGGGAUAGACAGAAUAACUAUUAGCUAGUAAAAAUCAUCAAGGCUUACACUUAUGAUGAAGAUCUCGUUGAUUUCAAUAUGUGCGCAGCUUUUUCUAUGGAUGGCAGUUUGUUUGUUACAGGGUGUCAGGAUAAAAAGCUAAGAAUUUAUGAUGUUAAAAAAGGAUAUGAAUCUAUUAAUUAGAUAACUUUACCUGAAGAUAUAUUUGGCUUAUCAUUUUCAUAUGACUAAAUGUAUUUAGCUGUAGUAAGUAAUUCUGGUUUAGAUUAAACUCUUACUGUUUUUGAUGUUAAGUAGAACUUCAAAUAAAUAUAAAAAUUUACAAGUCAACUCCGCCAGUAAAUGUUAUAAACUGCACACAAACGUAUUGAAGUUUUGCUUGGACCUGCGAGAGUAGCAUUUUCUCCUGAUAACAAAUAUUUAAUAAGCACUAUUUUUGAUAACUAUUUCAAAAUUUAUGAUGUAAAGAAUUAAUUUAAAUUUAUCAAAGAAAUAAAUGCACAUGAUAAUUUCAUUUCGUCUAUUGCUUUCUCUCCAGAUAAUAAGUAUUUUGUUACGGGCUCUACAGAUGGUAACACAAAAAUUUGGAUGGUUGAGUAAGAUUUUAAAUUACUAAAAGUAAUAGAAUUAGAUUCUUUUGAAGGUUAAAUAACUUCUCUCGCUUUUUCAAAAAACAACAAAUACUUUGCCAAUGUCUGUUUUGAAAGAUAUUGUCAAAUUUGGGAUGUAGAAAAAUAGUUUGGACUUAUUAAUACUAUAAGUAAGGAAAGAUUAUCAUGUGUUAAUUUUAGCCAAGACAGCAAAUAUCUUACAACAGGAGGUUCUCUAGGUACAUUUUAGGUUUGGGAUAUAUCCUAAAGGUUUGAAGAAAUAGCCUAAAAUAAAACAUAAAAUACAGUCAUUUACAGAACAAUUUUCUCUCCUGGUUCAAAAUAUUUAGCUACCAUAUGCAUAAAUAAUGUUUGUAAAAUUUGGAAUGUUGAAAAUGGAUUUGAGCACGUUUAUACUAUAAAUAUACACAAGGAUGAAACACCGUUUAUCGCUUUUACAGAAAAUCUAAAGCUCCUAGGAAUAUCUAUUAACCGUUCUACUAUUCAAAUAAAUGAUAUAGAAAAGAAUUUUUAACCUGUUCAUUAAAUUAAAUGUGAUGAAAAAUAAGUGAGCUGGUAAAUUUUAUUGUUCGUUUUUUAGGUUUAUAAUAGAUAAAUCUAAUAAUCGAAAAACAAAAAUGUGUUUGAUAAAGCUGAUAUUGAUGAAGCACUUAAAUUCACAGAGCCUUACUAAAAAUAAGAUACUAUUGCUGAAUUUUAACAUAAUUAAAAAUAUUUCUUCAUUAGAUACAAAAAUGGUUAAUCUAAAGUUUUCAGUAAUGAAAAUAAUUUUGCUUUAUUAAAAGAAUUUUAAAAUUCUGAAAAUAAAAUUUGUUAAACUCGCCUAUUGAGUAAAAAUAACAACGAUAUUCUAAUACUCAGUUACACUGAUUCAUCUUUUGAAAUUAUGGAUAUCAAAAAAAACUUUGAAGUUGUCAAAAAGAUUUAAUUAAAUGAAGAUGAUAGUAUGGAUUACAUGAGUUUUACAAAUAAUUUUAAUUAUUUAAUAACUAACGAAGUUCAAAAAGCAUUAAAUUUUUGGAGCAUAGAAAAUGGUUAUAAUUUAAUUUGCAAAAUUGGCUUUCUUGGUAAAAAUGUUACUUUUUCACUUUCAGAUGAUGGAAAAUAUCUUUCAGUUGGAGAUGUGAAAGAAUGCAAAAUAUAUGACGCCUAAAAAGUUUUACAACAUGUUGCUAAUAAAUAGAAAAACAACAAAGAUUAACAAGAUCCAAACACUGUUGAAAUUCUUGAAUAGUAUUAAUUAUUUGAAGUAUGA